ACUCCUUCUUCAUCAAGCAACUCGAAGAAAACUCCGCCACCUACGGCCGCUACGAACGUCGUAGCUACGAACGCGGUGGCAGUUAAAAUUCCCCCAUUUUGGCCUUCCGACCCAGAGCUCUGGUUUGCACAAGUCAAAGCGCAAUUUUCGGUGAAGAAUAUGAUAUCACAAGGUACCAAAUUCGCUCAUAUCGUCGCGGCUUCAUCGACCAAAGCUGCCACUGAGGUUCGCGACCUGAUCCUUACGCCUCCUUCUACGAAUCCGUUCGACGUACUUAAAGCUACACUCACCGAGCGAGUGUCCCUUUCCAAGCGUCGAAAGAUCCAACAACUCUUACAGGCUGAAGAGUUAGGGGACCCAAAAUCAUCGCAACUGCUCCGACGCUUACAACAAUUACAUGGUACAUCCGGCAAAAAGCUUCUUCGUGAGCUUUUCCUACAGCGCCUGCCUUCGAAUGUCCAGAUUGAUUUGUUAUCAUAUCCAGACAAACCGUUGGCUGACUUAUAGCAUUGAUGGCCGAUGGAAAGAUAGAGCUAACCGAUGCUCACCCAUCCAUUGCCCAGAUUCAAACACCCGAGUCAGCAGAAAUCUCAUCAAUCAGAUCUGAUCUCAAUAAAGUUCUCACGCUUCUUGACACUGGAGCACGGAAACUUGCUGCUGAUCCCAAGUUGGUCAAGGAAGGUCUCUGUUGGUAUCACACCCGAUUUUGUACACAGGCUUCGAAAUGUCGUCAACCCUGUACCUAUACCGCGCCGGGAAACGGUCAAACGACAAGCCCGAUCACCAGUAGAGGCGCACGUGACUGGGGGUUCCUCAAGCCACCUGUUGUAUGUGACGGACAAACAUUCAAAAACUCGGUUUCUAAUUGAUACAGGUGCCGAGGUCAGUGUUUUCCCAGCUACGCAACAUGACAAGCGGUAUUGCAGAAGGAGGGUUUCUCUGACCGCGGCUAACAAUUCGACAAUUCAUACCUAUAGCAAGCAUGAACUUUGCCUGGACCUUGGUCUUCACCAAUUUUAGGUGCUUCCUGCGGUAUAUUCGGGUGUUGGUUGAUGUUGCCAACUCUUGUCUCGUAGAUGCAGCAACAUCAAUGAUUGUCCCUGCACAGACCUCACCAUUCCGUUCCCUUUCUCUCAAUCGCAUAUCGCUAGCUAAACCCACCAAUGGGUUCGAUACCAUUUUUGCUGAGUUUCCAGCAGUCUGUAAACUCCGCAUCACCGAUCCAGCUGUUAACCACAAUGUUCAACACCAUAUUAUCGCGGCUGGACCGCCCACUUUUGCGAAGGCUGGACGCCUUUCUCCUGAAAAAUUCGCAGCUGCAAAAACCGAGUUUGACCAGAUGUUGUCUUCUCAUACGGUGUGCAAAUCAUCAAAUAACUGGGCAUCCCCACUUCAUGUGGUCCCAAAGUCGAAUGGUGACUGGCGCCCCUGUGGUGACUAUCGAGCUCUCAAUGCAGCCACUAAACCAGACCGUUACCCUGUGCCUCACGCUCAGGAUUUUUCUGCUCGCCUUGCUGGUUGUAAAAUCUUCUCCAAGAUUGACCUGGUUCGUGCAUACCUUAAAAUUUCUGUUGCUCCUGAGGAUGUCUCUAAAACAGCAGUCAUUACACAAUUCGGCCUUCUUGAGUUCAAACGUAUGCCAUAUGGACUGCGCAAUGCGGCCCAGACAUUCCAACGAUUCAUGGAUGAAGUCUGCCGUGACCUGGAAUUUGUGUUUGUAUUCAUUGACGACAUCCUGGUUUUCAGCACCACGCCUGAUCAACAUCGCCACCAUUUACGCCAGCUUUUUCAGCGACUGGAGCAUUACGGCUUAGUCAUUAAUCCUAAGAAGUGUGAGCUUGGCCGUGCACAGUUAUCAUUCUUAGGUCAUCAUGUCAGUGCCCAAGGGAUUUCCCCUCUUUCAUCCCGCAUCCAAGCUGUUGCAGAAUUUCCUCAACCUGUUGACAAGAAGAAGUUUCACAGGCAGUGGCGUAGCCAGCGCGACAAUUUAGUCCCGCUAUGCAAAUUCAAAAUUAUUAUCAUUAUUCAUUUCUUUAGAAAUUGAUUGUUUUCACAGUCAAUGAACACGAAAUAUUUGCAUAGCGGGACUAAAUCGUCGGGCUGGCUACGCUACUGUUCACAGGCUACAUCCUUUGCACAAACUAUUAUCCUCUACCAAUUUUAUUUGGUCUCCAGAAUGCGAGGAGACAUUCCAGUUCUGUAAAUCCGCCCUAGCUAGUGCAACACUGUUGGUUCAUCCGCAUUAUAAUGCACCAACCAGUAUAACAUCUGAUGCCUCAGAUCUAGCUGUGGGAGCCGUUCUUGAACAAUUUAUCGAUCAUGAGUGGCGCUCCAUCGGCUUCUUUUCUCGCAAGCUACAGCGGGCAAAAACACGUUACAGUACGUUUGACCGAGAGCUGCUAGGCGUUUACUUAGCCAUUCGUCAUUUUCGGUGGUUUAUCAAAGAUCGUGUGUUCCACGUGUACACUGAUCACAAACCCUUGACUUUUGCAAUCUCAAGUGGGUCAACCCAACGCUCACCACGGCAAAUCCGGCAGUUGGCUUGA